AGUUUUGAGAUGAGCUGUCAAAUCAGUCAAAUAUUCAAAGGAAAACUUUCACUUCCUUUUUCACAAAAUUUUAGCUGUAGGAGUUCAAAAAUAUAGACUGGACUGUAAUUAUUUUCAUAUUUAUUGGGGGCAGUUGUGUUUUUUUAAUACUACGUAUUUUUAGUUUUUUAAUUCAUAGAAAUCACUGGAAAGAAGAGCUGUCAAUAAGCUUCAGAUAGAAGACUCGCAGCUGUCUGUCAAUAACGUUUUACAAUACCUGGGUCGUUGUGUUGAUGGAAAAAUAAUGCCAGUAAAAGUUGAUAUAACUCCGCCGCCUCCAGCGAACUCCAAACAACCUGGCGUUACUAAAUCCCUGCUUUACAACGGUUCCAAAUUCCAAGGGCAUCAAAAAUCAAAGGGAAACUCUUACGAAGUGGAAGUCGUUUUGCAGCAUGUUGACGAGGAGAAUUCUUAUUUAUGUGGGUAUUUAAAAAUUAAGGGCUUGACUGAGGAGUUUCCAACACUGACUACAUUUUUUGAUGGAGAAAUCAUAUCGGCCAAAUAUCCCUUUCUCACAAGAAAAUGGGAUGCUGACGAAGAUGUUGACAGAAAACAUUGGAGUAAAUUUGACCUAUUUGUGCCGUAUUUGAAGACAUUCAACUCGGAUUCAUUUGAUUAUGAUUCCCUAGCAAAGUCUGAUUAUGUUUUUAUGAGAUGGAAAGAACACUUUUUAGUACCAGACCAUACAAUCAAGGACAUAAAUGGUGCUUCAUUUGCCGGUUUCUACUACAUAUGCUUCCAUAAGUCUGCUGCUACAAUAGAGGGUUAUUACUACCACCGGAGCUCUGAAUGGUAUCAAUCCUUGACAUUAAGUCAUGUUCCAGAACACAGCAUCCAAAUCUAUGAGUUCAGAUGAAUUCUCUGUGCAGCAACUGUUUUAAGUUUGGAUCGGUAAUUAUGUCUGCUCGUACUUACUUGUUCUUUAACUUUUGUCUGUUGAUACCAUUACAAAAGACAAAGAGUACCAAUGUUAAGUUUCUUGAAAAAAUGUAAGAUAAAAUGUCAUGGCCAAAAAAAUGAAUUUCGCUUGGAACAAACCCCAGUAUAAACAAUUUAAUCGAUCAUCAUGAACAAGACAUCCCACUCUGUCCUUGCAUGUACUUGAGUUCAGUGAAAUAUGUAGAUAUUGUAGGUAUGUAUUUUGCAAGUAGUAAACAUAAUACUCGUAAGAUUUUCCUUUUAGUACAUAUUUAAUUGCUUUCAUGUUCUCUUUGGAUCACUGAACAUAACAGUCAUGUGCAAUGUGUAUAGUUCUCAAUAAUACUAAGUAUGCUUAUUAUUGUGAUAUUUUGUACAAAUUACUCUUGAGUAAGUAAACUAUGGUGCUGAAUCCAGACACCUCCUAGUUUUAUGUUAUGUUAUCAUCACUAAAAGCCAUGUUCUUGAUGGUGUACCAUUCUCCAUUUUUGUCUAUCAGAGGCCAAUUCUUUGACUUCCUUAAUCUUCUUAUUCUUUGAUUUUAAGUUAUACCUGUCAUUUUUACCUACUGAAAAAAGGGAUUGCUGAUUGACAGUUGUUAAUUUUAAAAUGGUUGGGUAAAUGAACAAUAACUGGGACGAGUCAAAUAGGUUUUAUUCAAAUAGCUUAUAUGCAACCCAUUUGCUGUCAACUUAAUUCUGUUGGGUCACGCCAAUGUUAAAAUUUUGAAAGGGUUGUUUAAGAUUUUUGCUUAAAAUUUAUGUGUCAAUUACCCGUCCCUUUAUUUUUCGGCCGAUAAGAAAAUUACAGGUAUAGCUUAAAAUAAAUUUAAGAGAUGUCUGCCAGAAUCAGCAUCAAUGUUGCUAUAUUUUUUAUUCACUUUGUGUGAGAUGUGAAUAUUUUGAUUAUUUGUGUUACCCAUAUGUGUGUAAAUUGAACGAAGUGUGUGCAAGAACAGGGAGUUUCUUUUAUUUGGAACAAGUUAAUAUUUGACUUGAUUCUCGUAGGACUUAUUAAUUAAAACAAUAUUAAUAAAUUGAAUAUUUUUUUCCAAUAAAAUAUCUUACAGCAAAAA